CUCUUCUUCUUUGUGCAGCCCGACAAACCCCCCCAAAGCCACCGACUUCCUCUCCUUUGAAAACCGAAAAAGGGGCUUGAAAUUCUCCUUCUUUCUUGUUCAAUCACAAGAUUUGGGGCUUAGAAUCUUCUCCCUCAACCCAGAAAAUCCCGGUCUGCUCUACUUCUUCCUCCCUUGUCCGUCGGGUUCUGCUGGGUUUGAAUCCUUCGACUUUUUCUGUUUCCGUGAGUUUCCCCUGCAGAUGCCGCCGGCUUCUUCUCCCUUCCAAGUCCGGUUCUGCAGCUGGAUUUUCUGGUAUGUUGACAGCCCCUCCAAGCCCCGAAUUUGUCCAUUUAUUUGCUGAUUUGUGUGUCCGAAAAUCUGCUGGAAAUAGGGGAGAAAAUUGAUAGUAAUUAGACCAUGAUUUAACUUAAUUCAAGUGGGAUUUAUAUGAUUGAGUGUUAAUUGUCUGUUGGGUGAUUUUUGGAGAAAAUCCCGUGAAUUAGCUAGGGUUUUGGCCAAUGUUUGGAAGUUAGAGUUACUGUUCACGUCGUGAGCACUGUUCAUGGGUACUGUUCACACACCGAGGGUUAAUGAUUAACGGGGAUUUAAAGGUUUAGUUUGUGAUAUAAGAAUGAAAUUGGAGAUGUUGGGUUAUGUGGAGAUUGAUAGAAAUAGCACUGUGAUUGGGGGUAGUGUUGAUGAUGAUUUCAGUUUGAAUUUAUGGUAGUGCGAUAUUAAUUCUUGGAAUAUUGUGAUUAGGUUUUGAUCAUUCUGUCACCGUAGCACUUGGGUUAGCCUUUUGUUCUGUGCGAGUGAGGUAAGUAAAUUAUGGAUGCCUACUUGGACUUUAAGUGAUUGUCCUGAUGAUUUGAAAGCGAUUGUGGGUGUAGCACUAGCACUCUUAAUCCCCGCUAGUGGGUGUGUAGCAUCCCUGAUCCCCGCUAGUGGGUGUAACGCUAGCACAUGUCGACAUGUUUACUGAUGACUGGUUUAUUCUGACGCUUGCCACUGGGCGAAUACAUUGGCAAAUUUCUGUCGCCCGCCAGUGGGUUGUUAUAACACUGGCCAUGACUUAUAGAUGAGACUACUGAACUGAGUUUUCUUCAGCAUUAACGGUUUGUUAUGAGAUGUUUUGUUAUUGAACUGAAUCUGAUUCUGCAGUAACGGUUUUGUCAUUGAACAUUUUGCUAUUGAACUGAACUUGAUUUCCGCAUUAACGGUUUAUCAAUGAAAGUUUUGCUAUGUUUACAUGGUUUAUCUGGCAUGUUAAAAGUUUUACCCAAGGGUUAUCCAUAUUUACUUACUGAGUUAUCUCAUAGUUUUCCUUGUCCACCAUUUUAGGAAGCAAAACCGAGGACGGGGAAAACCAAGGGGAGUGACGAGUUAGAAGGCUAGCCAUCUUGUAAAGUGAAUAUAGAUUUGAGAUGUAGAUCGUGAUCUUAAGAGUUAGAGUGUAUGUGGAGAUUUUUGAUAUCAGAGCAGACUGUAAAGAUUUUAUCUUGAGAUUUUGUGGUAUCCGAUUGUGAUUUGAAUAAGUUCCGAGCCUUGUGCACUUGUGGGACCCGUCUCACGAGUGCACGGCGUCUGUCGCGCCUCGGAUUUGGGUUCUGGGGCGUGACAAUUUUUUUUGAAGAUGCAUGAAGUUAUUGGUCAAUUUAUUUGACCAAAAUACUAUUAAUUUUCUUGAGAGAAUGUUGCAAGAAUUUCAAUUAUUUUGUUUGGGCAAAAUGUAUGACCAAAAUAGCAAAAUUAUGGGUGCGUUUGGGAUUGCUGUGAAGUGUUGUGGUUGUAGCUGUGGCUGUACUGAAUUAUGUUAUGUUGUGCUAUAGUUGUGGCUGAAAGCUAUUUUGGUGUUUGGUUUUUUAUUUCUUAAAAGUAUUACAAACGAAAUAUAAUAAAAUUUAUUAAUUAUU